AUGGCAAACCCAACCUUCACCCUCUCCCGCGCCACCCUCCAAGACAUCCCCACCCUCGCCGCAAUCGCCGCCCUCGCAUUCAAAAACGACACCAACACCCAACUCAAAGCCGCCGCCCAGCCCCCCGGCGCCUUCGAGGCCGGCAUGGCCGGCAUGGCCGGGGGCCUCAGGCAAUGGAUCCAGACCCCCGAGCGGUGCGCCGUCCUCAAGGCCGUGAACGACCGCAACAAUACAAUCGUGGGGUCGGUGCAGUGGGGGUUCCGGGGCGUGCCGGUUGGUCGUACUCAUGUUGCCGAGGUCUUAACUGGGCCUGCCAAUGAUGUUGUUGCCGAUGAGGAGGUGUUGGAUGGGGGUGAGCAUUCGAGGCUUUCACCUGAAAAGCAGCAGAUCCAAACCGAACCCACAGCCCGCAUAAAAGCCCUCGAAACCAUGACAAGCGCCCACCUCGCCGCCUUCCAGCGCCGCAUCAUGCCCGAUGAUAACAACACACAAUGCAUGUACAUCGGCGGCGUGACCGUCGACCCGGCGUACCAGGCGCAAGGCGUCGGAACACAGCUCGUGCGCUGGGGCACGGAGCAGGCGGAUCGCGCGGGUGUGUUCUGUUGGGUGUGUUCGUCAGAGGGCGGCUGGGGGAUGUUUGAGAGGCUGGGGUUUAGGGAGGUGGAGAGGUUGACGGUUGGGUUGGAUGAGUGGGCGGUUGGGCCGCCGCCGUCGGGGAAAGGGGAGGGUGAAGAGGAGGGUGAAGGGGAUGGGGAUGGAACUGGGGAUGGUACGGCGCGGGGGAGAUGGGGCGAGUAUACUUUCCGGUAUAUGGUUCGGCAGCCUCGGGAUACGUAG